ACUCUAGACUGGACUGGCCACCUGGAAGAAGUUCACCCCCUACAUUCCCAAAUCCGCUACCCUAACCACAUGGGAAACUUACCUGAACAAUCUGCUCCUUGAUUCAUGGACUCCCUUCUAUUGUCCCCUCUAUCUCUCCACCGACACACCUAUCUCCCGGCUCCCCCUAUUACCCAAGCCAUCAAGCUAUCGAGUGAAUCUCCACGUGUGCUCACCAACCACCCCAGGUUCCCCAGCCCCCAAACUCAGCCACUCGCAGCCUGCACCCCCACCCCCAUCCGGCUAACGAGACAAAUACCGGUGGCCAGCCGUCGCACGACAUGCUCGCGAGCCGAAGGUCCCACGGGCCUGGUUGAGUGGAGGUGCUCCCGAAGGAUUUACGGGAUACAGACGGGGGAGUGGGUGCCGCAUGCACCGGUUGGCGUUGUGGGAAGCUUACUGCAUGCAUGCGAACUACGGGACGCGGGAGGCGGAUGGGAGAGGCGGGAUGCGGGAAGCAGGCACGCUGCAGGGGGUGCGGGGGGAGGAGAUGCGUGCAUGUGGAUAUGCGAGUGUGGUUUGAGGAGGCGAGGAUGGGGAGACGUACGCAGAUGAGAAAAAAGAAGCGAUGGAAGUGGCAUUGCCUACAUUGCCUUACUUUGAUGCAUCAUAGUCGGAGCAUCCCAGUCCUAGAUUGGAUCCAUUAGACAUCGCAGAGAGGGGAAACGUGA